CAGGAGCGGUGCUGUCCUGCGGGCCCGUGCUUCCCGGAUUGUUUCCAUAAAGCCUUCGUAGACGAGCGAACGCGGCCCACGUGCCCUUCCCUCGCUGCCCGCCCGCGGCGGGGCGGCGCUGGCGCUGCGCGGGGCCGGGCCGGGCCAUGCGGGCCGGGGCCGGGGCGGCGGCGGCGGCCGCGGGGGGCCUGGGGGCGGCAGCGGCCGCCGCGGCGAAGCUGGCGCUGGGCCCGGGCGGGGAGGCGGCCGGCGGCCCGCUGCCAGUGUUGCUUCGCCUCAUCUGUGUUGGCCUGGUGUUUGUGUGCAAUGCAGUGAUGUGGACAGUCUUCACAAAAGCCUUACGACUCUCCUCCUCCUCAGCUGCUGCCUCUGUGACAACAACAGCCACCAAUUUCAUCUGUUCGGCUAUCCUGGGAAGAUUGCUCUUCGGGGAGACGUGGACACCUCUGUGGUGGGUCGGCCUCGCCAUGACAGUCUGCGGGCUCAUGCUGCUGCACACGGCUGCCCCGCAGCUGGUGCCAGUCCCAGUGGAGAAGAAGGAAUGAUAACUGCUGGAGGGGUCACGGUGCCAUGCUGCCCUCUCUCCAGCCUGUCUCAUGACAGCAUCCCCUGUCCCCACCGGCCUCUGAACACGUCGGACACCGAGCUGCUAACCCCUGCUCACUGCUCAUCUGCUGACUUGCAAAAUCACAUUGGUCACAUCUUUCCUGGUGGUGGUAUGGUGGCAGUGACAGCUUGGAGGGAGCUGGUCAACUCUGAGUCAGUGUUGUGAAAAUCAGGACCAGAGGCUUAUCAGCCACUCCUCCUCUUCACACACUAUGGCUAUGGAGCUUUCCCAGUUAGGGGAAUGCUGAAAGUAAACAUGGUGGCUGUGGAAGUGCUUGUGCAUCAGUAUUUUUCCAUGAAAGGACCUAUCCCAAAAUAGAAGAGCAGUCAAAAAUAGAUGCUGAAGGCAGCUGUUAGUUCUGCUCUGCUGUUCCUGAUUUUUUUGUCUCUUGAAAUGGUUCUAAGCCCACUGCUACCUGUAAGGCUGUGGAGACUUUCAUUAAUUCCUUCAGCUUCCUCUAUCAGUCACAUACACCUUUGAACUGGCCAUGUGUAUCUGAUGUCUAGAAUUUUCACUUACCCAUUCCUGACAUGUUAGUCACUGUAAGGUUGCUGCUCUUUCCUUUAAACCCUUGUCCUGAAUAGGGUUUUGAUCACCAUUCCUGCUUUAUGUAGGUCAAACUAAUUUUGGGACAGUUCAACAGGCAACCUCCUUUCACUUGGAGUGUCCAUGUUCAGUACAUCCCUCAUCCCCACUCAAGUUGACAAUUGCUUUAAUGUUUGGUAAAAGGGAAUUUCUCAAGCCAUGUUUUUUCUACACCUCUGGAUGAUGCUUAUUCCCAUUGAUGUGAUGUGAUCAACCAGAUCACUGGUAUCUGCUAAAUUUUGCGUCAGUGAUUACUCUGUGUUCAGGUGUCAGUUUGGUGAAUGUGUCACGAAUCAUCAUUUGUAAGGUAUCAACUUAAUUCCCCUGCCCACUUCUUUUUUUUUCCUCCUUGGAAAUUCUUCAGUUGGAAUCCUAAUUAAGAAAUAUAAUCAUGCUUAUAAAUGUAUGCAUCAUGGUGGUAAUAUCGCUUGCUUGCUCUGGGCUUGCCAGGUUGUCUUUGUCAUCUUGUAAUGACAGAAGGUGAGUCACAGUUGUGGCAUGUGCAGAAAACCUAAGGACACGUUUCUGUGAGCAUCUGUAUCAGAACCUGUCAGGUCUGUCACGACCGGCAGAUCUGUGCUGUGUCAAGUGUAAAAUAGACUUGUGGAUGGAAAUGCCACUGGAAUUGGGUUUGUGCCUUCUUCUUUGAAUCAGAAGAGUCACUGUCUCCCAGAUGAGGCCAAGAGCCGUUUGCUCUGUUCCCUGCCAUUCUAGCUCACCAUAUCUGGCAGCCAUGUACCAAGAGGGGUUCCCUGCCUGCCACUGUGGGUCUUUGCACCUGGAGAGCUCUCUGAGUGGCAGCAGUGGUAGGAUGGGACACAUCCAGUUGCCUGGGGAAGCUGGGACCUGACACAGGGACCCAGCAUCCCUCAUAAGUCUACAGACAUGACAGCCGUGCAUUUCUAAGUACAUCAGGUCUCCAUAGAUCUUCAGAGAUAAUGGAAUAUUAACAAAGCCUGAUUUAUUUGCCCUUGUUAUUAACCCUCAGCCAGCUGUAAGCCAUGGCUGCCUUCAUGCAAACAGCAGUAGAAGGACCAGGCACUCUGGUUAAUUUGGCUGUUAUCCCAUUUCCUAAUAAACCAUUUGGAAAGCUUUUUAAUGUGGACUAUCUCAAAACUGACAUUUCUUUAUUACAGUCCUUGUUGGAGGUCAAGGUUUAGGAGGUGUUUCUUCAGAAGUGGAACAUGUGCAGAAGGUAUGAGCACUUAACUUUGUGGUGCUCAUUUUAAGGUGGAUGAAUAUAAACCAGGGCUGUAAAUCCUCUCAUAAAUGCUUGAAGGUGGGAACGGAAAUAAGUUUUUCACCAAUUCCCAUGGUAAGAAAAGAUUGCCAAGGAGGGUUCAUUUUAUGGCAGAAUCCCACCCGUCUUGUGUACACAAGAGUUUGGCCAUGUCUGCCAGUGGGGCCAGGGCUACAAGAAAAACUGUAAUCACUGUGUGGCAAAGCAGUGUACUUCUGGUAAACCAUUCAUAUGGGAUCAUCCAAAAUGUGGCUGAAGGUAAUUAAAAAAAAACAGAGGGGGAUUUCCAAAAUAAAACUCUGUCCAAAG